CGGAAGUGUAGCCUUAAAAUGUGCCACACCGGAAUCAGAAGCAUAGAUAGGGAGCUACCGGAACACACCCAAACAUGGCCUACCCAUAACGAAUAUGAUAUCGACAACUUUUGAUCUUUUGAAGACGACAGAGAAUAAAAUUCUUCGGACAAAGUGUCCAUGAGAACAGGGUCCAGAAACUGAGAUGUCGCGGAGUUUGGAGCUUAUUGUUGUCCUGUUGGUGGGGUCAGUCACAUUGUGCAGAGGUUGGAGAGUAGUCCUGAAGGUGGCAUCUGGUGAGGAUGUGUCUCCCUUAACAAGUUUGUUUGACCUCUGGACGUCGUCUCAUCACCUGAACGACGACGCUGCUGGCAUCGCCCAAGUUCACGACUCGUUCUUCUCCCUAGGGAUGCCAACAUACAAAUCCAGGAUUGUAAAUAACUGGGCAAAGUUAAAUAUACAAAAUGUGAAAGUUGGUAUGUAUGACAGAAAUGGGAAGGAGAUUGUAAACAUUGUGUUCAAUAACAGUUGGUCAGACAGCAUGACCUCUUGGUUUACUGCCGAUAACAUCGUCCAGCAAGGUCAGCGCUACACCGACCUUUCUCCUCAGCUAAUCUCUAAUUGUAGUGCUGAAGGAGAAUCAGGUAAAGGUCAUCGCUUCCUGAUCACAUCAAACUCCUCCCCAGGAUGUGAAACCAUUAGGGGGUGGAUGGUUGUCGUAGAUAAAGGUCGUACCGGCCAGUGUCACUGGGACUACGGGCGCGAAACACCAUUCUUCCUGUACUCUCAAAACACGACAAGUACAACCUUGUUGGAAAUGGUCUCUGCCAGUGUCUUUGUUAUUUUUGUGGAUGACUGUGUGGACAACCCGUGCCAGUUUGGUGGGAAGUGUCACAACAACCUUGGGGUGUCCAGUUGUGUGUGUGCUGACCAGUACUAUGGCCACACCUGUGAGACUGUGUGUCCCUGCCAGUAUGGGUCCUGUGUGAAGGAAACAGCCGGAAGCAGAUCUAAUCCUCGGAACUUUGAUAUCGGAGGGGAGAUACUGUCAUGUAACUGUUCUGCAGGGUACACUGGGGUCAAUUGUGACCAGGAUAUUGAUGACUGUUUGGGAGAUCCUUGUUUACAUGGAGGGGUGUGUGAAGAUGGGAUUCAGUCUUACACUUGUGAAUGUCCUGUUGGUUACCAUGGCGUCCAUUGUGAAAAUACAAGGGAUGCACAGAUUACAGAUCAAAGUACCACUGGUGCCAUCAUAGCUGUAGCCGUAGUUGUGCCCCUUGUCGUCAUUGUCAUCGUCCUCGCUGUCAUCUAUGGGAUAUACAUCAAGCGCAAUCCUGAUGGAUACGGCCGUGCGACCAUCUACAAACAUUCAGCCAUUGCAAGAGACUUUGUCAGGCGCAGUUUCCGCAGGAUGUCCGGUCGUAGGCCACGCCAGGGUAAAGAGUCGGCGUCCAAGGAAACAACCAAAGACAACAAGAAAAUCAUUUCUUCUGAGCAAAUCACGUUUGAAUAUGAUAAUACUGGAUUCCGUGAAGGAGAUGUUGACGAUGGAUUCGGUGAUGGAGAUAGCUCAAAGCAAGGCUACAGCCGACAAGAUUCGGAACACAUCGAUCUCUCCCCUGAAGACCAAUCUGUUAUUUCAGGUGAAUCUGUCAGAACCAAAACACCUCCACAUAAUGUAGGCUAUACAAAGUACUUAGACCCUCGUCAGACCAACAGGUCACACAGUACAAGUCCAAGAUUUGAUACAGAACAUGCGUACCCCGAAAGUAGUCAGGAUUCAAAUACCAGUGGUUCCCUCUACCAGGAAAUGAACCCAGGUCUGACACCUGACUACGGUCCUGCCUAUCAACCAGAUAUUUCGCCUCACUAUGACAAUAUGUCUGUCCAGCAGAAGACAACUGGUGCAGGAUCUGUCGAGUCCAAACGCCCUCAGGCAGCCCCGCGGAAUGACAAAGAUCGUCAUUUUCAAAAUGCUAAACCUCCGUCCAGUGAUCAUUUUAAUCAAGAUGUUCAAAGAAGGCCCAACAACAGAAAUCAGGCGGAUGUUCCAUCACCGUCUAGUGUUAGUAUUAAACCUGACGUUGUGCCACAUUCGCACAGUAACCAAGGCGGUAACCAACGCUCAAAUGAUCAUUACAAUCGAGACACACAACCAGCUGUGAGAUAUACACCUCAAUCCCGGUCAGUUGAUCGUUACAACACCGAAAAUCCACCACGGUCAGAGGAUAGGUAUAACCCUGACAUUCAGCCUCGUUCCAACCGUGAAGCACAGCCUGGAUCUGAUGAUCGUUAUAAUGUUCCACAGUCUGAUGACAAAAACAAUGCAAGCCACCAACCGCGUCCAGCUAGACUAGACUUUAAUGGUGAUCCAAGGAAUAAACAUCCAGAUCGACACACUAGAGGAAACCACCCAUCCCCAGGGUAUUCCCCGGGGAUUCCCACCUCCCCAGGGUAUGCCCGAGGGAAUCCCACCUCCCCAGGGUAUUCCCCGGGGAAUCCCACCUCCCCAGGGUAUGCCCGAGGGAAUUCAAACUCCCCAGGGUAUUCCCAGGGGAAUCCCACAGCUCCUCCAGGUUAUGACAGGUCCAAUUCAAGGCAGUCAAGGACCCCCCACCAAGAAUCUCCGCCCCGGGGCGUAGUGAUGCUAGAUGAUGGUGAACCCAUUCGGGAAAUUAAUAUCUAGUGUUAUAUGAACUUACUACCAUAAUACCAUACCUGUCAACUCUCUGGCCCUUUUUUUUCCUAGUGCUCCUUGGUGUGAACAUCUUAUGCUUUGACCAAUUUUCGUAUUAAAGUUUUACAGUCAAUAUCAAGUCAUAGUUUCGGACAGUAAGAGGCUAAUUAGGCAAUACUGGGUGAUCAGUCAGAUCUAGACUAAAUCAUAAUUAGGAGUAUCAGUUACCAUCGGCAGCCAUGAUGAUAUACAAUUUCUGGUACCUACACAGUCACACAACUUCAAAGGAAUAUCAACAAUUUUUGUAAUUCUUUGAUUUAAGAUAGGUGUCGAUUCUUAACAGGUUGCUGAAACAACGUUAUACUGCGAAGAGGUCAAAAUCUCAAACUCUGGAAGAACAGUUCGAUUUUCAAAAAUCAGAUUUCACGUUUUGCUAUUCAGGUCAGAGUUGACAGGUAUGCAUAUCUAGGACCAAAGUUCUCUAUAGGUCCAAGACUUAGAACUAUAUACCGCCUACUUAAUGUCAUCUCAUAAUAAAUAUGUUACAAGUACAAGAUUCUGUUUCUUGUACCCUAAAUAAGUUAAAUAAUCAAAAGGGAAAUUUUGUAAUGUGCAUUUUGUCUAAUAUUAUCCGUCCAGGAAAUAUUGAAUUGAAGUUUUAGGAAAACAACUGAAGAGAAUUCACCAAAAUGUUUUGAUAAAAGACAAUUUUAUCACCAUUCUUAUCCAAAACACAAUGUAAUGAUAAACCCACAAUUCAGUUUGAGCAUGGAAAAUGGGCUAUCUAUUUUUUCUACCUUUUAGAAAAAAAUGUUGUUUUAUAUCUACUGUCAAUUUCUUUUCUUAUAUAACCAUACCCCUUAAAGUUGUAAAGGAUAAGCAUAUUUUAGAGCAUCUUCUAAUUGAUUAAGAUCAUAAAACUGAUUUAUUUUAAACCAAAGUUAUGUCAAAUUUGCAACACAGUUAAAUUACAGAUCUUUAGGAUCCCAGUACCACACGCUGCACUCUCGUUUUUUAUCUCGCCACAACAAAGUAGCGGAAGCAAGACUAGGGCCAUUUAGUUUUUGCCAUUAACUUAGUUUCACUGAAAGUAUAAGUGCUAGACCAACCAAACUUGGACCAUAUAUGAAUGCAUCUUAGGUGGUACUUCUCGGCCCAUGCAUCAAACGCUGGAUGCGGCCUACCUUUCAUGGUCCAUUGAUUUUGUCAGCAUCUCCAUCAACAUUAAGUUUUUGCGUUUAAGUUAUUUUCUCUGAUAUGUGAAUUGAUGCUCAAAGCGAGGGCACAGGCAAGACAUAUCAAUCCGAAUUCCUUGUUGGUAAAUACAGUUGCCUCCCUUAAAUUUUGUGUUGGAUAUAUAACAGUAGGCACAGUUGGGCAAGGACACUUUAAUUGACCAGGUUGCUCAGUCGGUUAGAGCAACAGUAUAAAGGAAUCUUAGGACCCUAUUUCUAAUCCAAGUCUAGCCCUGCUGAUUUAAUACACUCAGAACAAUGUUGUUGAUAAUAUUUUGUAUAAUUCACCUUUAUUAUUGUUUCAUAAAAGUUCUGUAAGGUAUGGUUUUCUCUUCAGAAAUGAUUUAUCAGAAGCUAUAGUCAUGCAGAAAAUAAACCCAGUUUCUAAUGGACAUGUAUAGACAAAGUUAUGGCAGUGAUACUGGGGUGCUCAACUGAGAGCUAUACAUUAAAACCUGCCACGAAGGCCUCAAUUGUUAACCUGCCACAAAGGCCUCAAUUGUUAACCUGCCACAAAGGCCUCAAUUGUUAACCUGCCAAAAAGGCCUCAAUAGUUGACAACUGCCUGUCUAUAGAGAGCACAUGUCUGUACAACCUGUCUACAAAGGCCACAGUCUAACACAAAAUUAGGUUUACACAAGGUUCUGCUUAUUAGGCCUUGUUUGCCCCCUCUCCACCCUCCCCCACCCCACCCUCUGGGUUGUCUUAUUUUUUGUUUAAAAUUCAGUCGUAACAUGGAAAUGGUUGAGAUCCCCUGUUUACAUAAACAUGUAUCAUCCAAAUUUUCUAUGAGUUAUCCUUAGUCCUUGUGACCUUGGGAAUCAAUCAAGUAGACAUUGAAAUGUACUUCGGAGAUUGAGGAUAUUUAGAUAUAAAUAGAAAAGCUCAGCCUUAGUGAUCCUUGUUGUUCUCAUUACGCGUUUUGGUGAUAAUUACACAGAAGUGGGGUCUCUGGUUUUGAUGGUCUAUAUAAAGACGAGGCAUUUGCUUGUCCCAUGGGUGGUCUAUAUGGAAGGUUUGUACAGGUUUUUACUUUUCCUUUGGCGGUCUUUAACCCUUUCACCUCUAUGUAACUUUAGUAGACUCUACAAUGCUUUGAUCUGGAUGGGUCCAUUACGGUCUACAGUGGUGAAAGGGUUAAAGACAAGUGUUUAUGCUCUCUUUGAUUUGUGAUCCCUGUAGGCAAGGUUUUGCUUUCCCUCUCAUAUACAGGUGCUUGAACCCUUCUUUGAGGGGGCUUUAUAGAGUUUUUUUUGUGCUCGCAUGAUCUUUAUAGACAAGGUUCACCCUAUAUAACAAAUAUGCUUGUAACCCAUUAAUUUUUCGCGAUGCUGAGAUAAAUAAUUCAAAAGGAGUUUCAGUUCAACAUUCAGUUCAUCUCCCAGGUACUUAUUUAAAUAUAUUGAAACAAGAAACAGUUACAUUUAUCAAUUAUGUUUCCAAGAUUUGGAGUUUAAUUUCCUGACAAGGAGAUCCUCAUUGACAAUGUGGAAACUACUAUAUAUUACCACAGAAUAUUAAUGAUGCAUAUUGUGUAGAAGCCUACAGAACAAGUGUUACACAAGAAGUCAUUUAAAAGGAAAUAUUGUAUGUUCUUGCCAAGUGUUGUUUUGUAUUAACGUCAGGAAAUAUAUUUAAUAUGUAUUGAUUUCAUACCGCAGCAUAUUUAGAUAUACUAUGUACAUUUCAUCAAGUUUAUCGAGAGUCUAUAUUAGAAAUUAAUCGGAAUUAAUGUAUUGAUUCAUUUCGGAAUUAGAAUCAAAUCACUCAGGUAAUUAUUUUGGGAAACAAUUUGAUUAUCUCCCUUUAUCCAGAUAUUUGUCUACUUUGACAGGCGUCCACACCAAAUUUAAAUUCAUUGACCCCUGAAGUUUCAUAAUGAACUAUUCCAACCUCUGAAUUAGAAGAGUUCAAAUGUGUCUUUAGGGGUGAAUCAGUUAAUUGAUAUUGCAUCUCAUUACUUGGUUACUUAAAUAUGUUCUAAUGUUUUUCUAUGAUUUAUAUAUGGAAUUUGAUAGAAUAUUAUAUUACGUUGUCAAUAUACAAGUGAACAGAUUUAUAAAAUCAUAUAUUAUUUAUAUAUAAAAGUUUCUCCUCAGAGUUCAAAACCAAAACAUUCCACAAAAUAAAGUCAUAAUUAAAUAUCAAUUAACCCUUUCACCACUAGGUUACUUUAGUAGACUUUACCCAAUAAUUAUCUAGAUGAAUCCAUUAUGGUCUAUAGUGGUGAAAGGAUCAAGAAGGUGUAAUAAAUGAUAUGGUUGUUAUAAUAAAGCUUAACCCUUUCACUCCUAUGUUAUAUUAGUAGAUUCUACCAUGCAAUGAUCUGGACGAGUCCAUUAAGAGCUACAGUGGUGAAAGGGUUAACUUGAUAGAAAAUGUGUGUGUUUUUUAAAAAUGAUGGUGCCCCUGUUACCAAACAGUUACUUACAAACUAUUGUUUUUUUUUAUGAAAAUGAGACCUAGGUUGUAUGGGCACGUGUGUCUUCUAGAAUAAUGUCCUACUGUGACUUGAUAGUGUUGAUGGACAAUUUAGACUAUAUGACCAUGCUUGACCUUACUGUAAAGAAUACCGUCGUGACUGUGUAUGCCGUGACUUGUGUUAGGCCAUUACGACUACCCUUGUGGGUUGACUGUUUCUACUAUCGUUUAGACCCAGAAUGAUCUUACCUUGUUGAUGGACCGUUUAGACUUACAUUGUGACCUUUUAUGACCUUACUGUGUUGUUGGGACGUUUGAAAUAUUAUUAUUUGAUUUUACAGUAACGAAACAGAUAUCAGGACCAUCAUUUUUAUGGUUCUGUAAUGAAUAUAACACUUUUGAUGUAUUUAUAUUAUUCAUAUGCCUGCAUUGGUUAUUCAUGCCAAGCGAAAAAUUAUGCAGAUAUUUAAUAUUUUAUUUCCAUAUUUAUGAAAUGUGAGAUUCAAACUUUGUCUGAAACUCCUAAUGUAGUUUCGAAGUGUCUGGAAAUGUGAACAAAAUAUGCAACUGAGUUUUGGAACUAUUAAUUCAUUUACCGGUACCCCUGAAAUUUCAUAAUGAACUAUUCCAACCUUUGAAUUGGAAGAGUUCAAAUGUGUCUUUAGGGGAAAAUGAGUUAACACACAAAUGGAAUAUAAUUUAGAUCGGAAAAAUAUCCUCGUAUGACAUAAAUUAUGCAACAACAAGGACAUUGAGGUUUAACUAGUUUUUAUUAGUGGUGGUUAUGUUAAUUAAUAAUUUAAGUUAAAAACAAAUGUUAGUUUGUGGGAUGACUCCGCACUCAUUGUAAUUUGAUGUAUAAAAUACAUGAUUAUACAAACGAAAAGAAUAUUCCAUUCAUAAUGUAACCAUUGUGAUAGUCUGGUUGUGUAUAGUGGAGCCUCUUUUAUCCAGUCGCCACUGAUCCGUUUGUCCACUAUCAGGCCAUUUUUAAUUUGAGGGGGGGGGGGGCAUUUUGGUCAUCUUUUUGUCCAAUGAAUCCGGCCGUUAAACUACCCAACGACUUUCCCCGGUGACAGUGGUGAUUUGAUUAUUGAGGCCCCUCUGAAAAUAUUGAUAGACAGAAAUGGAUUUAAUUAAUAUAAUUAUGCUUUUAUGUAUACAAGGAAUUUAUCAUCAAAAA